AUCACUAGAGGUCACAAUUGGGCAACGGUUUGUUUACAAAAAAAGUUUAAACAUUUCGGUGGUUUUUCGAGCGAUUGACUGGAUAACCGCGCCGUGAAUUGUGCAGAGGAGUGAGACGCAAGAGUGAAGGACGAGGCGAGACGUCAGCAUUGGGUGCCGGAGUUUGCGCAACUUUGUGUGUUGGAGCCUGGAGCCGAAAAUAAAACAAAAAUAAAAAACAGGAAACGGAAGAAGGGAAGGCAGCAAACUAACGGUAACACGGCAGCGGUAAAGGUGAAAAGUGCGAGCGGUAGGACAGUAGCUAAUGUGGAGCGAGCACGAUAGAUAGGCAAGGAUCCAAUCAUUGAGCAACGAAAUCGCAACGAAAACCACCUUCAGUUCAAUAAAUUCCCAAAGGCUGGCCAUGUAGUACAGUGGAAACUACCAGUAGAGUAACAGCGACCACUUAAUGAACAACAAGAACAACAACAACAACACCGAGGUGCCCUUAGACAAUCCAUUCGUACAAAUCAACAAAACAAGAAAUUGAAAUUGAUAACUGCCGAAUUUUCUGAACUACUAACGACAAUAAAACGAGAUAUAAAACCAAGUGCAAUAAGGAACCAAUCGCAGGAUACAGGACGAAAGCAGUAAGCAGCCAGAAUGGGACGCAAAGUGACUGUGGCGGUGUCCACUCUGAAUCAGUGGGCCCUGGACUUUGAGGGCAAUAUGGCAAGGAUAUUGCAAUCCAUCCUGGAGGCCAAGGAUAUGGGUGCCAGCUAUCGCACCGGACCAGAGCUAGAGGUUUGCGGCUACAGCUGCGAGGAUCAUUUCCGUGAACCGGACACAUUCCUGCAUUCGUGGGAGGUGCUGCUGGAGGUCAUGAUGUCGCCCAUUUGCGACAACAUGCUGGUGGAUGUGGGCAUGCCGGUGAUGCAUCGCAAUGUGGCCUAUAAUUGCCGUGUGGCGUUCUUUAAUCGCCAGCUUCUGCUGAUCCGGCCAAAGAUGGCCAUGUGCGAUGAUGGCAACUAUCGUGAGACACGCUGGUUCACCGCCUGGACCAAGUCCCUGCAGACGGAGGAGUUUGUCCUGCCGCGUAUGAUUGCCCAGCAUACGGGCCAGCAGACGGUGCCAUUCGGGGAUGCGGUCAUAGCCACCAGGGACACUUGCCUCGGCUACGAGAUCUGCGAGGAGCUGUGGAAUGUGAGAAGCAAACACAUCGAGAUGUCACUGGCUGGCGUCGAGCUGAUCGUCAACAGUUCCGGCAGUUACAUGGAGCUAAGGAAGGCCCACAUCACCACCGAUUUGAUACGGAAUGCCAGCUUCAAGGCCGGCGGUGCCUAUCUCUUCAGCAAUCUGCGUGGCUGCGAUGGUCAGCGGGUGUACUUUAACGGCUGCUCGGCCAUUGCUCUGAACGGUGAGCUCCUGGCCCGCGGACAGCAGUUUGCCCUUCAGGAUGUGGAGGUUACGUUGGCCACCAUCGAUCUGGAGGAGAUCCGUGCCUACCGCGUUAGCCAGCGUUCUCGCUGCUCGACGGCUGCCGGAGCGGCCAACUAUCCGCGGAUUCACUGCGACUUUGAGAUGUCGACGCACAGUGACAUCUUCAAGACCUCCACGCCGCCCCUCAACUGGCCGAAUCACACACCGGAGGAGGAGAUCGCACUGGGUCCCGCCUGCUGGCUAUGGGACUAUCUGAGGCGGUCGGGACAGGGUGGCUUCUUUUUGCCCCUGAGCGGAGGGGUUGACUCCAGCAGCUCGGCCACCAUUGUGCAUUCCAUGUGUCGUCAGAUCGUCCAGGCUGUCCAGCUUGGUGAUGCUCAGGUGCUUCACGACAUACGCAAGAUUCUGGCCGAUAUGGAGUAUACGCCGGAUAAUGCCGCCGGGUUGUGCAACCGCCUGUUGGUGACCUGCUUCAUGGGCAGCGUGAAUAGCAGCAAGGAGACAAGGCGUAGGGCCGCUCAGUUGGCCAACCAGUUGGGCAGCUAUCACAUCGAGAUAAGCAUCGAUUUGGCGGUCAAUGCCCUGCUCGGGAUAUUCAAUGCGGUGACGGGUCUCACGCCCCGGUUCAAGACGCAAGGUGGCUGUGCCCGCCAGAAUCUGGCGCUGCAGAACAUUCAGUCACGGAUUCGGAUGGUGCUCGCCUACAUCUUUGCUCAGCUGAUGCUUUGGGUGCGUAACCGGCCAGGCGGACUCCUUGUCCUCGGUUCGGCCAAUGUGGAUGAGUCGCUGCGCGGUUAUCUGACCAAGUAUGACUGCUCCUCGGCGGACAUCAAUCCGAUUGGUGGCAUCUCCAAGAUGGAUCUGCGCCGGUUUCUGAUCUAUGCCAAGGAUAAAUUCAAUCUGCCGGCGCUGGAGUCAAUCAUAGAUGCACCGCCCACCGCCGAACUGGAGCCGCUGCAGGAGAACGGAGAGCUGCAGCAGACGGAUGAGCAGGAUAUGGGCAUGACCUACGCUGAGCUCACCGAGUACGGACGCCUGCGCAAGCAAUCCUUCUGCGGACCCUACAGCAUGUUCUGCCGCCUGGUGGCCACCUGGAAGGGUGACCUCAGUCCCAAGGAAGUGGCCGACAAGGUAAAGCACUUUUUCCGCUGCUAUGCUAUUAAUAGACAUAAGAUGACCGUGCUGACGCCAUCGGUGCAUGCGGAAAGCUACAGUCCGGAUGACAAUCGCUUCGAUCAUCGUCCAUUCCUCUAUCGUCCCAACUGGAGCUGGCAGUUUAAGGCCAUCGAUGAUGAGGUUGAAAAGCUGCAACCCAUCUAUACGCCAUCCUCUUCGGCGCAGCUGCGCCCCAGCAGCGAAGAUUUGCUGCUGUCUACGCAGAGAUCUUCGCAUCUCGAUGACUCCAAGCACUCCUCGCCCCUGUCCUCGGCAUCCGCAUCAAUUGACGUUGGCAUAUCAACGGCGGCGGGGGUUCCCCUGCCAGGUGCCGCCGCUGCUCCUGGCGGUGGCCUCUCCAAGAAACCCAGUGGUUACUCCAAGGUGCAUGUAAAUGUCCUAGGCAAGAUCAAGGAUCGCACGGGCAUUCCCGUCUAGGAACCACAAACAAACUCGCAAAACACUGUUGAAGUUAUACAAAGGAAACAUUUUUUUUUUUUUUUGUACCACAGCU